AUGAUAAGAUUGCAUAAUAUGAUGUAUGGAUACAAAUCACAAAAUGUUGUGUUAUUUUGUAUGCUGUUUGUCAUCGGCUUAUGUCAUUGCAAUAAUCUUCCGUCAAAAACUGAAGUCGAGAGCUCGAUCAACCGAACGAUCGACGAAGUCGAAAGAUUGAUUCGUCAAAAUUCUACUUUGCCACACCUCACUAGACAUGAGAUUGUUGACAUCCUUUUCAAUAUCACAUCUAAAGAUCUUGAAACAUACGAGGACAAAAGAACAAUAAAGGAAGCGAGAAACAUUUACCAAAAAGCUUUGAUGGUAGUUUUACCUUACAACGCAGAAGACGCGAGCGAAAACAUCAAAGAUCUACAUACUAAACCGCCAAUAGUUCAAAUAAUUGCGGAUCCUUCUUCCAAUCCGGAAGACUUUGAAGUGUGGAAAAACAAGAAAUUACAGACAAACAUACAUGUGCAAGAAAUGCAACAUGAUAAACAAUCUCUUGAAAAUGUUAUAGUAACAUAUGCUCCAAAGGAAAACUUGGUAAAGGAAAAACACCCUGAACAAACGCAAUACAAAAAUCACAGGGAAACGUAUUCGGAAGCGUCUUUGAAUGCACCUUUAAAAGAGACAUUAAAGUUUGAUUCAGCGCCAAUCAAAUUUAGCUUUAAUUUGGAAAACUUGCAAAAGCAAUCGACCAUUGCUGAAGAACAAAUGACUACUCCUAGACAACCAGUGUUUCAAGGAUCUUCAUUAAUCAAAGACAAAGAAGUUCAUGUAGUAUACAGUACUAGUGCAACAACAAUCCCUCCUCGAACAGUAGAGACGAAAAAGUAUAUCUCAACAUUUAACUUGGAUUCUGAGAGAGAAAAAGAAAUGUCCGGUCCUUUAAAAAAUAAUGAAAAUGUUUUAUCUGUUGAUCAAUGGCGAUAUAACGCACCAACAACAGAAAGUACCACAAUGUUAACAAAACUUCCAGAUACGCUUUUUAAAAAAAUUCACGACAAGCAACAGCUGUUUGCGACUACUACACAAAUGUCAUUGGAAAAUGUAGCGCCGACUAACAAAAUUAAGUACAUUCCAGAGAGGUCAAAGGUAACAUCCGAAAAAGUACAAAUGGUAAAUGCUAAUCAAUCAGCUCCUAUCUAUGUAACACCAAUGCCUUUCCUUUCUCCUUUAUCUUCUUCUACUUCCUUCAUUUCGCUGGGGCAUGAAAAAUUAAAAUAUAAUUCCACUUACAAUUUAAAUUCUGGAGGUUUUCGCAAAAUCACAACGACAACAAUGCGUCCAGAAGUAAUGGAAUUACUUGCCUCGAUUGGACUUCGACCGAAAAAUGUUACAAAUGUAGAAGAUGUAUUUAGAGUAAAGAACAAUAAGGAUUUAGAAAUAAAAUCUCGAAUUCCUAAUAGUAACGGUUUAAUCUAUGGAACUUCCGGUUUGACAACCGCUGUGCGCGAUUCAUCAUCAAUAAACGCUCAAAACACCUUCGAGAAUCCUGUUUCAGAGAUCGGAAAAGGCAUGAACAAUCUAACACCUGAUGUACGAUUACUUUUUCAAAAAUUUGGUUUACAUACAUCCAAUCUAAUAACAACCACAUCGUCCCCGCUGAAGACCAGUAAUACAAACUCUUAUACGAACUUUAAACCUUUGCCAACAUCUAAAGUAAAAAACGAAGAUAUGAAAGAAUUCUUAGCGAGAUUCGGACUUGGUGUUAGCGACAGCAGACAGAAAAAGGCUAUGCCGGCAUCAACGGAACGCCCAUCGUUGAUCGAAGUCGUUCCAGAUAACAUGAGACAGAUUCUAGAGAACAUAGGUCUUAUAUCUCGCAAGACAUCAAGAACUGUAUCAAAGACGAAAAGUACGGAACCAACGAAAACGACUCAAUUUCACGUGUUCAAACCUCACGAGGUCCGUGUAAAAGAUGAAGGGCAGAAGAUGAAGAUUAACGAACUCUUAGAUAAAAUUAGAUUAGUCCAGGAAGGAAAAGCAAACGCAACGGACGUACGAAAAGUAGCCGAUACUCUGCUUGCUAGUACAAAGACUUUAAAGGAUGGUCCGGAUCCGCUGAGUAUAGAAGAGAUGAUUAGAACUUACAAUAUAAACGUAAAAAAUGAAGUAAAAAGACAACAGAAUUUGAAUGAAACCAUUGAAACUACUACCAAUGACGAUCGAGCUCUUUCGGCACCUACAGAAUCUGCAGACGUUUCCUCGACAACGACGACGACUACGACCACAACCCCGAUGACUUCAGAUUCGGCAAAGGAUGGUUCAAACUUCCGUGACGCAUUGACACCCACUCUAGAGUCGUCGACAUCUGAAAAUCCAAAUCUUGCGGCAUUGGAAGAAUCCUUCGGUGGUACUACACAGGCACCGGAUCCUGUUCUGCCAACUAAACGAAGAAGCGGUCUAUAUUUUCUCUUGGACUGGAAUACCUUCCUCGAAGUCGGAGAUGAAGAUAGCGAGAAAGUGAAUCUGAGAUUUGAGCCAAAAGUUGGCGAUAGAUCAAGAUUUUUGCCAGUCAACGUGCCUUAA